CCCUAAUAGCAAGUAUUUCUCCUCAUGAAGGACGAGCAGACGCGGUAUUUGUCUUUCCUGUCCACAUUCACUAUAACAGAAGUAUAUAUUGUUACCGAGUCUGAGUUUAUCUGAACAUGCAGAAGGGAAACACCCCCGAUGAGAAACGGCACAUAUUUCGCCUGGCGAUAACAACUGCUAAGGAUGACUACGAUCGCCCGGCGACUACGUUUAAUACCGUCUCGUGGAGCGAGCAUCUCUUGUUCGGCCUCCACCUCAUCCCCUUGACCCUAAGCAUCCUGCUAAUAAUUAGCGAUAUCCGCAACUGGCACAUGCCUGGUUACUUGUGCACACUGGUUGAUCGAUAUCGUACCUCUGUUCAAACAGUGGUCCAGGUCAUCGCUGCUAUGCUGGCAGCCAUCGAGAUUUUCGUCCUCUGUCGCCUGAUCAACCUGGCGACUAGAAUUUGGUUCACGAAAGCCCCCAUUUCACUCGAUAUGCUGGGCUUCUGGUCGGCGCUCUCCACUCCCACAUACAACUGGAGCCUGCCUGCCUGGAUGGUUAUCAUCACGAUUCUAUUCAGUAAUGUGUCUGCAGUGUUUUCUGCCCUGUGGGCUGGUGCUCUGACCCCAGUAGACACAACCAGCGUCCAAAACGCUACUACUCUUGUUCCAGGCUGGUCCAACUUAUCAUAUAUCCGAGAAUAUCCAUCGGAGAUCGAUCAGACCGGCUUGACGAUCCGUGAUACGAAGGGCUACUUCACCUACUCGGUUGGCGUGGGCAUGCUGACGUCUCUACUGUCCUCAGCCAACUCGGCAUCUCCAGUUGAUGGCGGUAUUCGUGACCAUGGCAAGCUGGAUAACACACGCUAUAACUAUCACGGUCGAUCUUACGGGGCGGGUGCAAGCGUUGGUCUCCUCGAUGCCUCUGUUCUCGACAUCCCCCGUGCCACCAACUAUAGCUAUGAUGAAGUUGGUCUCGACGCCUCUGUCACCUGCAUCUAUAAUGACAGCUCGCAAUUUGUAAUUGACAGUGACCUCCCUGAGACAAAUCUUUAUGCCGCGGAGGGACCCCUCCCCGACAGCAAAUCUUCCUCUGGGGAAUACUCCGUGUACGUAGGCCGAGGCAGCAGCUCGAUCGUUGCCAUCGGUGUUGCAGCAGUUCCCACCGCGUUCACAGCAAUGCGGUACAUGGCUAUAGCAGCGGGAAAGUAUUAUGCAUUCCUGAAUGCGACCCAGUGCGCUGUCACCUUCACCCCGGCGCGGUUCAAUGUCUCCAUCGACAUCGACGGCCGCAACAUCACCGUCAGCAAAGUACCUACAGCUUCCCCGCCUCCCAGCAUCGACCCUCACCACAACAUGACUCACGUUGUUAUGCGCCAGCUGGAGCUCAUCUCGAAUGACCUGACAGGAUACUACCGCUCGAUCCUCGGCGACACCUUGAACGCCAGUAUCAGCGACUAUCGGACCUCCGUCAUGAACGCUGAGGGGAAUACGACUCAAACCCUGUCAGAGACACAAGUAGUCCUGAAGGGACUGGAAAACGCCGUUACCUCCCUAGUUGACGACAUUCUCGUGGCCUAUGCAUCGGCCCAGUUGAUGGUGGGAGGUUUCAAGGUCUCCGCGCCCGCACGGGUGUAUGUCUCGGCCGUCCGCAUCGGGUCACGGGGGUAUAUUGUUGCCAGUGCGAUUAUCACGGGUAUAAUUACAAUGCUAGUGAUUGUGGAAGCCAGCCGCAUGCGAGGAUGGAGAGCGCUACCAGAAUUUGAUUACCUGGACAAUCGAAUGCUAGUUGUGAGUGCGUCAAGGGGUGGUAAGGGGAUCGCCAACUAUGCAGAGAAAGUGCAAUUCAAAAGUCGGGGUGAAAUUCCUGUGGUAUGGAGAGGGGAUAGUGGUUCCGGGGAUAGUGGAGAGAUUGCCCUUGGGCCAUUUUAGUAGCUGCGUGUUUGAUUGGAAAAUACUUGAAUGGAUGCUGAGAAAGGAGUUAUUGGGUACGGUUCUCAUGACCCACAGAAGGUUUUGAGCUGUUAUGGUCACUAUUCAAGGCGUGCAGGGAUAAAAUGUGUUCUUUUCAGUGUAUAUAUUUAGAGCAGACGAUAUUUGCAAUACAAUAGUACGACUCUUCGAUUACAGAAGGAAAGAAGCUUCACACAUAUAUAUCGCGGAAGCCGGAG